AAGUCUGACUUUCGUUUCCUUCGUGAAAGCGCUUUGUAUUUGUAGCUGCUGUGAAAGAGGAACCAGGAGGCACCCGGGGACAGAUCUGCCGUGUCCUGUCCCUCAGGUGGACACGCUGUUCACUGGUGCUCGUGAGGACACACACACACACACACACGAUGGAGGCAAUAGAUGGAGAAGAGCACGCCGGAGAUGCUGAUUUGUUAGCACCUCCAGGUGGCGGCUUGAAUGAACUACAGCAGGUGGGGCAAGAGGACAACAUGCAGGGACAGAUGGAGGAGUUUUUGGGUCCGCACUCAGAGUACAAUGAGGAGGAGGAGGAGAGGAAAUACUACAGGAGGAAGAGGCUGGGGGUUAUCAAGAAUGUUGUCGCAGCCAGUGUUGGAGCCAUGAUUGUGUACAGUGUAUAUAUGGGCCUUCUGCAAAUGCAACUGAUCCUUCAUUAUGAUAUGACGUACCGUGAAGUGAAGUAUAGCAACCUUGGACUAGAGGACAUCGACAGCAAGAUGUUGAUGGGUAUUAAUGUCACACCCAUUAUCGGCCUGCUGUAUACCCCUGUUCUCAUCAGGUUUCUAGGUACCAAGUGGAUGAUGUUCCUGGCUUCAGGAAUCUACGCCCUCUUUGUCUCAACCAAUUACUGGGAGCGUUACUACACCUUGGUUCCAUCAGCCGUGGCAAUUGGCGUGGCCAUAGUGCCACUCUGGGCCUCCUUGGGAAAUUACAUCACCAGGAUGGCGCAGCAGUACUACGAGUACGUCAACUACAAGGAAGAGCAUGUGCAGGAGCAGAAGAAACUUCCUAAAGGAGUGUGCCAUCGCUACAUCAUUAUCUUCCAGACAAUCUUCCACAUCAUCUUCCACUUGAGUUUUGUCUUUGCGGAGUUCCCCAUGCGUCUGGUCCUCCACGACUACUUGCAAGAUAACAAGCAUAUUCUCUGGAAUGUCAAAUACUGUGGUGCAGUUGUCAGUGGACUGGUCCCUGGCUUCAACACCACCGUGCUGAGAACACUGCCUCGCUCCAUGCUGCUCAUUGAGGUGGAGAGUGUCCUCAUGGGCUUCGCCUUCGUAGCCAUGAUCAUUUUCCUUGUCCUGUGUGGCGCCGCCUACAGGCCGACAGAAGAGAUUGACCUGCGGAGCAUCGGCUGGGGAAACAUCUUCCAGCUGCCAUUCAAACACAUGAGGGACUACCGCCUGCGACUGCUCUGCCCCUUCUUUGUCUAUAGUGGCUUUGAAGUGCUGUUUGCCAUCAGCGGAAUCUCUCUGACCUAUGGUGUCUGUAUUUUGGGCCUGAAAAAGCUGUGGCUCUUGAUUGUCGUCUACGGCUUCUCCUGCUCCAUCUUCUCCUCCCUCUCCCUCUGCACCCUACGCCUCCCGCGCUGGGUGUGUUUGAUGAGUGGCGCCUUUGUGCACUUUGUAUUGCUGGUGGCUCUCAUGGUGUUCUCCCUACAGCGCAAGCAGGGCGAGUCAUACGAACAGUAUCUGGGCCCUCUGCUAGUGAUCAUUGUGCUGUGGGGUCUCGGCACCGCACUGAACAAGACGGGCCUCAGCACUCUGCUCAGUAUGCUGUAUGCUGAGGAAAAAGAACGUCUGGACUUUGUUUACACCAUCUAUCACUGGUGCCAGGCCAUCGCCAUCUUCAUAGUCUACCUCUGGUCCCACCUGCCUAUGAGGGCCAAACUCUCCAUCCUUUUGGUCACUCUACUGUUGGCCUGUUACUGUUACUGGGUGAUGGAGCGUCGGCUGGCCAAGGAUAUGCGCCCCAGACUGCCUCGUAUCCCUCGGCCACGGCACAAGGUCAAAGGCUACCGCUACCUGGAAGAGGACAACUCGGAUGAGUCAGACUCGGAGAGAAGUGAGGAGGAUAAUGAGGAGAACAGGGACGAAGAGCAUGUUUUGGAAGAGAUGGGAGCAGAGGACAGGGAGGUAAGGGGCCAGGAUGGAGGGGCCCACGGAGCUGACUCACCCGUAGCCAGGAGGAGAGGAGCGGCGGGUCACCAACGGGAGGACGCCAAUGUCAAGGGGGGAGAGAGGGAAGAGCGUGAGGGAGGUUGAGAGAAAGGAAAAAGGAGGUGAGAUGGUGGACAGAUGGUUGAGGUACAGAAGAGGAGGAGAGAUUCUGAUGCUCUGGAUCAUGUUGUGUCCAUGAUUCUAUUCAUAUUUUUACAGAUAUUUCCUCUUCAUCCUACAACAAACAGAAUUGUGUUUUCUAGCAGUUGUUUUAAUCAAAAUGCUCAAAUCAAGUGUCAUCCAGAUGAAAAGUAGAGAAAGUGGAAGGACCAUAAUGCUAUGUAACAGCAUUUUUUCAUAAAGGCAGUCGAAAGAAAUACUGAAUGGGAGGCUGUGUUCAGUUAUAGAAGUUUUGUAUCUUUCUGUUUAUCAUGUCAGGUUUGCAUUUUUAGCAUGCAAACAUUUUCCAAGUUAGUACUCAACAGAAAGUACAGCUAAGGCUCAUGGGAAUGACAUUUGUUUUUUAGGUAUUUCUUUUGGGAAAAAGUCAGUGUGGCUUAAAAACAUGAGGCACUUGGUACAACUCAACGCAGAUCAUGUGUUGAAACACAUCAGGAUAUCCACAUGUACUUACAAAUACAUGUACUUGCAUUGUAAAAUCUAUGUUAAAUUAAGGCUUAAAGGUACAGUUUGUAGAAUUUAGUCAUAUCUAGUGUUGAAAUUGCAUGUUGCAGCUGAACCCCCCUAACCUCACCCUCUCAUUCCAUAAAUGAAAAAAGAAACUGUAGCAGCCUUCAGUUGUCAAUCAGUUUUUUUGUUAUAUAAAGACAACUUUAUUUGUCCGGACUAUGACUAUUGGAUAACAUGGUGUCAUUGUUAUUGGUAACUCAGAUGCUUUACUACAAUGACAAAUCAAAAUGUCAGUAAGGGGUACCUACUAUUGACGGAUUUAGUGUUUGGGGGAAGGAGAAUUAAAAUGCCAUCACUGCACUGCCAGUAUAAUAAUGAAAUUUCUACUUUAUUGUAUAGUUGCUACUGUAUUUCCUGGCAUUUAAUUGUUAUACAUUUUCUUUUUUAAAAAUAUUUUCUGAAGUUACGCCAUGCUCAUGAAAAUAACUUACCUGGCUUUUUAUUUUCAGUACUGAAAGCUGUUGCGCAUUCACACUGAGGAUCUGUCAUUUCAUAUAUUUUUGUAGGUCCUAUAAUUAAAGUUGAACUAAGUUUACUUUUAGUUCAUUCUGAUCAAGGAAUGAAAGUACGAAUGUUUAAGGAGACCAGCUGUAGGAGGAAUAAAUAGAAUCCACAUUCUAUAGUGGAUCCUAAACAUUUCGUUUUGUAAUUUAAAUAAAAAGUGAUUUUCUAUGAACUGUAAAAGCCAAAGGUACGUGAUGUUGCAUUGGUUAUUCUUUUAUAUGUGAUGAUGUGUUACUGUGUCGCUGUGUUCACUUGAACCAACUAAACAUUGUGUUAAAACAAC